GCAAAGAAAGAGAUCUGAGAGCUUUUCUUUCCUCUCUCGGAAACGGUGAAAAUAAAAGCUCUACUCCCACUCUCCUUUUCACUUCUCUUCAUCAGAUCCAAUUCUUCCCGUAGCAAAUGAUCAUAUCUUCUUCUUCCUUCUCCUUCUUCUCCUCCUUCCUCUUCUUCUAAUAGUAUUCUCUCUGCAGCCUCUUCUAAGAUCUCUUGAUCUUAAUCAUCAAGAAGAGAUACGUCCUCCAGCUUUCCGAUCCUCCCGAAAGUCCAAAUUUAGAAGGCGAAUCAUACCGAAAAUUCCCAUCUAUACCUUACAGAGAGAGACUCUCAUCUUCUAAUCGGCUAGCGCUCUACUACCUGUGAUAGUUCACACACCAACAAAUUGCUCCAUCGAGAUCGACGAGAAAGGAGAGGAAUCAAGGCCAUCUAUACAUAAAUAUAGUUUAUGGCUUCCUCGACAUCGUCCACAUCUCCCUGCGCAGCUUGCAAAUUCCUCCGUCGGAAAUGCCAGCCUGAGUGCGUGUUCGCCCCUUACUUCCCACCCGACCAACCCCAGAAGUUUGCUAACGUCCACAAGGUCUUUGGAGCGAGCAAUGUGACGAAGCUCCUGAACGAGCUGCUGCCGCACCAGAGGGAGGAUGCAGUGAACUCGCUCGCGUACGAGGCCGACAUGAGAUUGCGCGACCCAGUCUAUGGCUGUGUAGGGGUCAUCUCCCUCCUCCAACACCAGCUUCGGCAGCUUCAGCUCGACCUCUCCUGUGCCAAAUCUGAGCUCUCCAAGUACCAAAACUUAGGCCUCAUCAAUCACCAUCAGAACCUCGGGAUUAAUAAUCUCAUUGCUGCCGCGGGAGGAGGAGGAGGUGGUGCAGCCCAUCAUCAUCACCAUCAGUUCUUUCCCCGGGAUCGCCAUCACCAUCAUCAGGCAAUCGCGAUGAACAGCUAUGACGCGGCAAGCAGCCUCCUUGCGAUGAAUGUUUCAGCAAGCCUAGGUGGUCAGUUUCAUCACACGCCUAGAGCAGAUGAUCGUAGCCGUAACAUCAUUGAUCCGUCUUAAUUAGUGAGCUUGCCAACUUUUCGACCAAAAAAACAAAAAUUCUGCUGGAUUCUAAUCUCUUCCAACUGCUAUAUAUAGGUAAUAUUGGACAUACUGAAGCCACCCCGGCCAGUUAAUAUAAAUGUUCUACCUUUUUACAUUAA